CACCUCAGAGAGAGAAUGGCUUCCAGAAACAACCUAACAAUUCAAGGUUGAGAGAAUGAGAAUCUGCUGCAAUAGCAUUAUCAGUGAAGAGGAAGAGGGGAUGUUUUUCAAAGAAAUUUAAGUAAGCUGCCUUAUACCAACUGGCUCACACUUGGUAUUAGGUCAUAGAAGAUACAUAUGGCUAGGGUAAGGUAGGUAUUGGCAGCAUAGAAGAAAGGUGAUUCUGAAUAAGUGGACUUUAUACCAGUUGGCUUAUCCUUAAAAUUGGAUCAAGCAAGUGUAUAUAGGCCAUGGAUGAGACUAAGGAGAAAGGUGAGAGUUCUUCAAUUCGUUCUACACUUAGAAUCUGUUCAUGCAGGGAGGAUGGGUCCAACAAACAAUUAAAAGUCAGGGAAGAAACAUUUUUUGUGGGUCAUACAGAGGACAUCUGGAACAUAAUAUUUUGCAAACUUCCUCUUCCUACUCUGUUCCAACUUCAAAUAGUUUGUACUUCAUGGCAAACUAUUAUUUCUAGCUCUGUUCACUUUCACAAUCUGUGGGACAAGAGCAAUAUGCAAAUGUGGUUGAUGAUGGAUCUUCGUGAUGAAACAAGGGAGUGUUCUAAUGGGCUUGCACUCUUUGAUGUCAGUAGAAGGCUUUGGUACAAGAAGAUGUUUAAUGAUGAGUGGAGCUGCAGUAACUCAGAAUGGUUUCUGAGAGCUGGAGAUGGGGGCCUCUUGGUUUAUACGUGUAGGAAAAAAGGAACCCUUCGAGUGAUCAAUCCACUGACUAUGCAGUUCCAUUGUCUUGAGGAUGCAGUACUGACAAGAAAAGGUAGGAUUUCGUUCUACAUGAAAAAAUAUCACGAUGAUGUGGCUGUAUACUUCAAGUUUGAUCCGGAAGGAAACACUUAUCAGACAGCAAUACCAAGUUUCUUUAUAUUUCGGGGUUGCAACGUGUAAUGCAUCAGAACUUGGGAAUUGUUAUGUGCAAGGGUAGGAUGAUAAUGGUUUGUAAAGGUGAACCAGUAGAACUUCCCCCGUACACACAUACUCUGAUAUUUUAUGAGUUCGAUGAGAAUGGCUUGCAGUGGAGACCUAAAUAUGAAGCAGUUGUAUCACCCAAAAAUUUAACUCAGGCGAUUUGUGUUGGGGGGGAUUAUAUUUGGGUAACUGAGGAAAAUGAGGGCUAUGUGGAGUAUAUAAUUUGUAUAGAUAUAGAUACUGGGGAGCUGAAUAUAUGGCCAGCAGGAUGGGAGUACAAUGGAAGAGACUGUCUAUCCUCGCGAUUAAGCUUUCGCCCAUGCUCUUAGAUUUCUGAGAUCUGGUCUUCAGUUGAAACCACUCUUCUUAGUCUUCUGUUGAUUACAUUUCUGUUGCUUCAUCAAUGAAGGGUUUUAGGGUUUUAAAAGAGUUUAGGAUUCUGAACUUAUCAAGUUCUGUUAAUUUCCAGAGUAAAGAAUAUAUUUCUUUACUUUUCUUUUAUGUUUUUACUAUGUUUCCAAUCUUUACAAACAAAAUCUGA